AUGUCUUCCAACACCGAGGAGGUUAUUCCUCACAACACCUUCGACACCAUUCUGGUGCUCGACUUUGGAUCGCAAUACACACACCUUAUAACUCGCCGUCUUAGGGAGGUCAAUGUCUACUGCGAAAUGCUGCCUUGCACUCAGAAGCUAGCCGACCUUACCUGGAAGCCGAAGGGCAUUAUCCUGUCCGGUGGACCGUACAGUGUCUAUGAAGAGGGAUCCCCCCACGCCGAUCCCGCGGUCUUUGAGUUAGGCGUUCCUAUUCUAGGAAUCUGCUAUGGUCUCCAGGAGAUUGCCUACCGUCUCAACCAGAAGGGUGUCGUCGCAGGUACCGCUCGCGAGUACGGUAAAGCUACCUUAAAGGCUAGCUGGUUCGGAGGCCAUGUCGAUAAGCUAUUCGAAGGUCUUGAGGAUCAAACUCCCACAGUUUGGAUGUCCCAUGGGGACAAACUCGCUCAAAUCCCCACAGGUUUCCACACUAUCGGAGAGACUGAGAACUCUGAGUUCGCUGCGAUUGCCCACGAGUCUAAGCCGCACUAUGGACUGCAGUUCCAUCCUGAGGUUACCCACACCGAGCAAGGCGCCCUUCUUCUUAAAAAUUUCGCUGUCGGCAUUUGCGGAGCCGAGCAGAAGUGGUCUAUGGCCGAGUUCAUCGGCCAGGAGGUUACCCGGAUUCGCAACUUAGUCGGUCCUACCGGCCAGGUUCUAGGUGCCGUUAGCGGUGGUGUUGAUUCCACCGUUGCUGGUACGUUGAAAGAGUCGAGAAUGACUUACAGAUGGGACAUGACCUAUCACUUAUUGUUCUAUACGGUCAUCCUCCCCUUCUACGUAUCUUAUGCUAACGAACCUGCAGCGAAGCUUAUGACGGAAGCUAUCGGUGACCGCUUUCACGCCGUGCUCGUGGACAACGGAUGUAUGCGCCUCAACGAGUGUGCGAUUGUCAAAAAGGCAUCAGAUGAUGCCAGACCCCUGAGGUGUCAUUAUGCCGCAGGGCUCAAUGUCCAAGGGCACUUGGCAUGGUUGACAUCAAACCGUUCAGUCCUAACAGAUCAGCUUGGCAUAAACCUCACCGUUGUUGAUGCUAGUAAGGACUUCUUAGACGGGCUCAAGGGCGAACAUGACCCAGAGAAAAAGCGCAAGUUCAUUGGUGGCAAGUUCAUCGAUGUUUUCGAGGAAGAGGCUCGUAAGAUCGAGGCUUCGAGCUCUGGCAAGGUUGAGUGGUUCUAUGUCAUUGAGAGUAUCUCCUUCAAGGGUCCUUCGCAGACUAUUAAGACCCACCACAAUGUUGGUGGUAUCGCCGAGCGUCUUAUGAAAGGCCACGGCCUGAAGCUUAUUGAGCCUCUACGUGAGCUCUUUAAGGAUGAGGUCCGCGAGCUAGGCCGUCAGCUCAAGAUCUCCGAGGAGCUUGUUGGCCGCCACCCCUUCCCCGGCCCUGGUCUCGCUAUUCGUGUUCUUGGUGAGGUCACCAAGGAGAAGGUUGAGAUGGCCCGUAAGGCUGAUCACAUCUUCAUCGGUAUGAUCCGUGAAGCUGGUCUGUACGACCAGAUCGGCCAGGCUUACGCUGCCCUGGACCCCUCCCGCGCCGUUGGUGUCAUGGGUGACAAGCGUGUAUAUGCCAACAUCAUCCUCCUGCGUGCCAUCUCCACUAAGGACUUUAUGACCGCUACCCCCUACCCGUUCUCUCACGAGUUCCUGUGUGAGGUUUCUACUCGAAUCGUGAACGAGGUUGAGGGCGUAUGCCGUGUUGCAUAUGACUACACCAGCAAGCCCCCCGGUACCAUUGAGAUGGAGUAG